AUUUUUUCUUACUUCUCUUUUUCUCUUCUUCAAUCACUUUUCUUAAGCUACCUGCUUUAAUUUUCCUUGAAAAAAAUGGCUUCCUUUGGUAAAACAAGAUCUUCAAAUUCAAGAGUUGCAUUUUAUGCAGGAAGUGAAGAUUUCUUCAAUCAUCAACAACCUCAUUUCCUUGAUUCUUGCUUUUUCUGCAACAAACAACUUAAACCCAAUCAUGACAUCUUUAUGUACAGGGGAAAUACACCAUUUUGUAGUGAUGAAUGCAGACAAGAACAAAUAGAGAUUGAUGAAUCAAAAGAAAGACCUUGGAAUAGAAGAACCCUAAGAAAAGCAGAUACAUCUUCAAAAUCUGGGUCUAAAAAAGCUGUUAGAACUGGAGUUGCUGUGGCCUGAAUUUAAUCAGAAUUAUCAGAUCAUAGUAUAUACAUAAAAUCUCCUCAAAUCUUGCUAUCUUUUUUAUUUUACUUUUUUCCCCAAUAAUUUGGGAAAAAUUUCAUGCAGUGACUAAAAUUUUAGGAAAUUAGAUUUUAGAAAUAAUUACCAAAAAAAAAAAAAAAAAAUCCCAGAUUUUUGGUGUGAUCUGCUAGAAAUAUGUGAAGGGAAUUACAUCACUACCCCCACAAAGUGGGGAAAAAAGUGUAUGUAUGACAUAAUCUAGGGAAAAAGAUCAAGAAGCAAGUUAUGAUGGAGGACAAUUUUGUCUUUUAAUUUUUUUUUUCUUUUUGAUUUUGGGUGUGGGAGUUGUGAAUGAUGUUUUUAUCAGUUUGAUGGAAUGCUCUUGACUAUUAUGAUCUUCUUUGUACUUUUCUUUGUAUUUUUCAUCUUUCUAAUUACGCAUAAAUAUAGAAUAAAUAUGUAAAAUUGGAUCUGUAUACCCGUAUUUGUAUCCCUAUAACGUGUGUUUUGUAUAGAGAACACAAUUGAUUGUUGAAAGUUAAUAAUUUUACGAAACAA